GGUACUGAGGAAGAAGAAGGGAGUCGAGAGUCGUGAAUCGUGACUGCUUGGUGUACCUUACCCUGUCUCAAUCCGCCAGAACCUUGCUCUUCAAUGGCUACGCCACUUCAACUCCCAAAUUCCCCUGGUGACCCAGGGUUUUGGUACCCCUUGUUUCAUCUGCUCUGCUUAACCUCUUAUAUUUCUCUCUUUCCCGAUUCUCGUUCUCCUCCUCGGUCAUCUUUCUAUCUGGGUUUUUCAGGAUGGAAGAACAAGAUGUUGCUCUACCUGUAUCUUAUUCUUCUUCUUCUAUCCAUGUCGACGACGAUCCUUCUGGUUCUGCUCCCUCAUCAUCAUCUUCUUCUUUGUCUGAGCCCGUGCAGGAAGAAGAGAAUCAUACCGGUCAAGAGCAGUCGCCGGAGCUGCAGCAGCAGCGGACUAGUGUUUCUUAUCGAGUGAACAUCUCAAUAUCCGACGUGGCAUCGGCCGAAAUGGGGGACGAUGCUUGGUCCUUCCUAGUGGUGCUCCUCAGUUUCUGGUUCUUCUCAGCAUCCAUGACUGUGAUUAUGGGCUUUUACGGUUCUAUGAAUCUCCAAUUCGGCCCAAGUUACUCCCGACUUGUGCAAGUUAACUCCAUCUUUGUGCAGGAUAUCAAGGUGCGAGAAGUGGUUGAUCAAAAAUCUGGGCCAAUCCUGUAUGGGUUUUACAAACCUCCCCCUCUCGAUGUCGAGACUACUUGGUCCGAAACUCGUAACAUUUCUAUUCCACCAAACGACCACAAGGAGUGGAUAUAUUAUCUGAAUGAAGGGUCUGAAAUUAAUAUUUCAUACAGUGUGAAAUCUCAAAGCUCCUCCCCCUUAUCCCUUGUAAUUGCUAAAGGUAAAGAAAACCUAGUUGAAUGGAUUGAGGAUCCGUCAUAUCCUAAUACGACCUUGUCAUGGAACAUAAUUCAUGGAAAUGGUAUGAUCCAACAGAAGAUUUUCAAGUCUUCUGAUUACUAUGUUGCAGUUGGAAACUUGAAUUCUGAGGAGGCAGAGAUGCAGUUGAACCUCAGAGUACAAGCUGUCCUAUACAAUACAACGGAGGCAUAUUACAAGUGCUCUGUUUCUCGCAAUCUUUGUAGUUUGAACCUUUUCCUUCUGGGUACAAAUGUUGCUGUUUUAACUUCUCCUGAUCCCGGACAGGCUACUGAUGAGAACUGGUGCACCAAGCUGUCAUAUGGACCAAGAUGGAUCACAUAUUUUGUUGGCUCAGGUGGAAUGACUAUACUCAUCUUAUUGGCCUAUAAGAUCUGUAACAAGUUCCUAUCCACUGCUGAAGAGGGAACUCAAUUUCAAGCAGGGGAUGUGCGAUCUGAGAGAGCCCCAUUGCUUUCACAGAAAGAUGAGCUUUCAAGUUUGGGUUCUUCUUAUGAAUCUGUAUCACAUGAUGAGGACGACGACCUUGAAGAGUGGCUUGUAGCAAGUUCCCUGGACUCCAAACCUCUAAAAGAUGGGGACAACAGCAAUAAUCCACGUCGUUUUUGUGCAAUUUGCUUUGAUUCACCAAGGGAUUGCUUCUUCCUUCCAUGUGGCCAUUGCGCAGCAUGUUUCACAUGCGGAACAAGGAUUGCAGAGGAAGCUGGCAUGUGUCCCAUUUGUCGCAGGAAAAUGAAGAAGGUGAGGAAGAUAUUCACAAUCUAACAGGUGUACAUAGUUGCAGCUUUCUAAUAAUGACUUCCAACAAUCGUUUGGUUACUUGGGAAAACCCGAUCUUUCAUUUCGUGUAUAUACUUGAUGAACUUUCAUUCGGAAGGUGAUGACAAUCAGUGGCUUUGAUUGAAGAUUCAUUGGUCUUGUAUCUGUGGGUUUCUCUCUCCUUUCUGAUGAGUCGGUAUGGUAUUGAAGAAAGCAUGCUCUGAUUCAAUAUGGUCUACUUCAAAAGGGGAAGGGUUGAGCCAAAGAAUUUUCACAGUUGGGCUGCCACCCAUCUAUUGUUGCAACUUGAUUUAGGAAUUUGAUUUCAUGCAUUGAGCUGGCGAUUGUUUAUACUAAACUGUACCAGUAAUGUAUUUCACUUGUUUUCCCAUAGUCUGGAAUUCCAUUCAAUUCAUGUUUGGUUGUGCAAGUUUAGACGCAACCCAGAAUUCUCUGUGGGUUUUGGAUAGAUCACAUUUCGACAAGUACUCCAUAAUUAAAAAGUUUACUUCUGUAGUCUGUA